AACAUCCCAGCAGAGUUUGCCGUUUAUGAGGUCAUUUGCAUCUGUGAUUAGGCAAUUUGCGCUUGGCUGACGACCGGCUGGACGGCUUUGCGCUUCUGCUGGCCGCGCACAAAUUGGUUUUCUUUAGAGGACAGCUGGUGUGCCAAUAUCUCCUCUCCGCAUACACAUUACACACACACACACACACACACACAUAUACAUAUACACGUUGAAAAACACGCGCUUCGUACAGGCAGUUGACUCGCGUGGUAGAAGCCUAGCAGGUGUCGUUUACUGUGACGCACAAACGCGCACCGGGAACCUGAGAGCACGCGUGGUCCGUAGUCGACUUAGGUCUUCGCGGACAGAAGAGAAACGAGACUGAGCGGAGAGGUUUGUGGACACGCACUGGCAGUUAUUUUAAAAAUGGAAUAAAGAACACAUGGGGAGAAUUACUGCUAAAUAACGCGUGUAACAUCAUCGUCAUCCCCACCAAUGAAGACCACAAUGAAGCCACCAAUAGCUGUGUUUAAGCAGCAGAAAGUGGAGGAUUUCUACGACAUUGGAGAAGAAUUGGGCAGCGGUCAGUUUGCCAUUGUGAAGCGCUGCCGGGAGCUGAGCAGCGGUCUGGAGUUCGCUGCCAAGUUCAUCAAGAAACGGCAGAGCCGAGCCAGUAGACGGGGUGUGAGGAGGGAGGAGAUCCAGAGGGAGGUCAACAUCCUAGAGCAGACACAGCACCCCAACAUCGUCACCCUACACGAUGUCUAUGAGAACCGCACUGACGUCGUACUCAUCCUGGAGCUGGUGUCUGGAGGGGAGCUGUUUGAUUUCCUGGCCCAGAAGGAAUCUCUAAGUGAAGGAGAGGCGACUCAGUUUAUCAAACAGAUUCUAGAGGGGGUUCACUACCUCCAUUCCAGGAAGAUAGCACACUUUGACCUCAAGCCUGAAAACAUCAUGCUGCUGGACAAGAACGUACCAUUGCCAAGGAUCAAACUCAUCGAUUUUGGCCUCGCACAUAAAAUCGAAGCAGGAGCUGAGUUUAAAAACAUUUUUGGUACUCCGGAAUUUGUGGCUCCGGAGAUCGUGAACUACGAGCCACUGGGUCUGGAGGCAGAUAUGUGGAGUAUUGGUGUCAUAACAUACAUCUUGCUGAGCGGAGCGUCUCCUUUCCUGGGUGAGACUAAACAGGACACCCUGGCCAACAUCUCAGCCAUGAACUACGAGUUUGACGAGGAGUUCUUCGGUAGCACCAGCGAACUGGCCAAGAACUUCAUUCGACAGCUCCUGGAGAGGGACAAAAUGAAGAGACUAACCAUUCAAGAUGCCCUCAACCACCCCUGGAUUCAGUCCAAUGAGCACAGGGAGGAGACCCCCGGUAGCAGAGUCCAGGAUCAGAUCAAGGCCCCCAAGAAGCGCGAGCGCCGUCAGUUGAAGACCAAACGACUUAAGGAGUACACCAUGAAGUCCCACUCCUCCAUGCCGCCAAACAACACCUACGUCAACUUUGAGCGCUUUGCUCAGGUGGUAGAGGACCUCGGCCAGAUGGAGGGCUCCUUCUCUGGGCUAGCGCUGGCGCACGACUCCCUGCAGGAGGACAUCGACGCCUUGGUCUCCAUCUACAACGACAAGGAGUCCCGGUACAAGGAGGAGAGUGAGGGCGUCCGUCACGAGCUGUCCCAGAUCCGCUACGAGUUCCGCAAGGUGGAAGCAAUGAAGAGGAGCCUGCAAGAUGAGAUGAAGGCCUUGGACGCGAGCGUUAGCGGCGUCGACGCCCGCUACCAGGAGAGGAGAAGACACUUCGACUCCCUCAGACAGGAGCUGAGCGACGAGUUGAAGUGGGUGCAAGACGUUGUGGGGUCGUUUGGGGUCCCGGGCGGGGUCGGAGGUGGUGGGGGCGGUGGGGGGCACUCCAGUUGUAACUUUUCCACUGUGUUUAACAAUGACGUGAAUGAAGCUCUGAAGGAAAUGCUGAACAGGAGCUGUGGGGGAGACCUGCUGUCUGGGAUCAAUCUGGACUUCACUGAGUCUGGACAGCAGAGAUAGUAGAGUCACAGUGGCAUAUAACAAGACUAAAACAGAGUACAGUCAACGACUUAGACUUGGAAUAGAGCCCACUGCUGUUAACAUAGAAAUAUACUAUAGAUUAUAGUACAUAACCUAUGUUCCUUUUGUUGUUUGAUCGUGUCCUGAAAUGUGUUUUGAAAAUAUCAAAAAGAAAAUGUCUCAGUGGAAGGUGUUUCAAAAGAAAAAGUACUGUUGAGGGGUUGAGAUGUUUGGAGUUUUUUUUAUUGAAGUAAGCAAAUCGAGGUUUGAAAUGAAGUUAAAAUGGGCAUUGCCUCCUUUGCAGUAGUGUGUUUGUGUGUGUGUGUUUCAGAGUUUGUGCCCAUAGCAAUGGGAAGUAGGGUACUGGGUGUUUGCUGUGGUUUGUGUGUAUGUUUCAGAGUUUGUGCCCAUAGCAAUGGGUAGUACGGUACUGGGUGUUUGCUGUGGUUUGUGUGCACCAGAGGCAGAGCAUUCUGGGCCCAGUCUCUGAGGGCCCCUCACCUCUUAAUUGAAGAAUCAGACAUUUUCAAGAGCCCCUCCACACUUUAGGGCCCUAUAUACAGUGGAUAUAAAAAGUCUUCACACCCCUGUUAAAAUGCCAGGUUCUUGUGAUGUAUAAG